ACUUUUUCGCCCGUUCAGCAAUAAAACUUUGUCACCAUCCUGCAGUAAGAAUCAUUGUUAAUUUCCCAUGACUUCUCAACAUGUCAUGGGCCCAGUAAUCAGUGAUAUACCAACGGUGUCAGCUGCUGCAGGUACACCAUCACAGCCUCAACCUCAACCAGCUGCAGGCUCAUUGCCUCAACAAUAUAUGGUGUUUACCCCAAUGGUAGUAUCUUCAAGUGCAAUGCCAGCAGGUUCAAUUCCAUGGACUGGAGCCUUUUGUUUCACAUCACCAACAGAACCUCUACCCAAUAUAACAUUACAAACAGCCACUCCUGUCCAGGCACCAACACAAGUACUUCCACAGCAACUUCCUACAGUGCCUGCUGGGCCACCUCCUCCAUCACAGCCACCCACACAACCAGCCCCUUUGUCUCCAUCACCCACACAACCUUCACCAGCACCAACACAAGUUCCCCCACAGCAGCCUCCUACAGCUGUACAAGCUCCUGCAGAUGGUGGGUUACAACCUCCAACCACAUCAUCUCCUGCAGCUGGUGUGCCCUCUUCUCCAACACAACCACCAUCUGAACCUGUCACUAGGAUUUCUCCUGUUGAAGCACAGGUGACAGCAACAAGAGCUCCAGAGGCUCCCCAACCAAGUCCCACAGAUAGAGUUGCAGCUGCCUCACCACAGCAGCAGGUGCAACCUCCUUCAUUGGCUGAUGCACCACCUCCGCCACCCCCGCUGCCAACUCGAACACCAGUUGAACCACAUCCUUCAACAUCCAAGGCUGCUGCUGCUUCUUCUCAUGCAAAUUAUGAUACACUUUCACAAUUGAUUGGAAUAUUCACAUAUAUUAGUGAUGACAAUAGUUUACAUAGAGAUCCUUGA